AUGAAAUCGAAGCUUUCCUUGUGGAAAUAUUUGAUAUGUGUGAUAUUACUGUUACAACAGCUACAUGAAUGCAAAAGUUGCAUUGAGAAAGAAAGAAAAGCUUUGUUGGAACUCAAGAAAUACAUAGUCUCAAAUGAUGUAGGUGACUAUGUUCCCGCCGACUAUUAUCUCCCUACUUGGUCUAAUGACACGAAGAGCACUGAUUGUUGCCGGUGGAAGGGCAUCGAGUGCAAUCAUACAAGCGGGCGGGUUAUCGGGAUUUCCAUUAGUCAUACAUACUUAGGAAACCGUCUCCUAAAUCUUUCUAUGCUGCAUCCCUUUGAAGAGGUUCGAAGUCUUAACUUAUCUGGGGGCAAUAACAUUAACUCAUUCAAUGGCUUCUUUGAUGAUGUUGAAGGUUAUAAAAGCUUUAAGAAAUUAAAAUACCUUGAGAUUCUGGAUCUCUCUUCCAAUGCAUUCAACAACAGCAUCUUUCCUUUUCUUGAACUAAAAAACUUGGAGCUGUUGGAUAUAAGUGGAAAUUAUUUGAACGGUUCAAUUCCAGAGCUGACUCACCUAAAAAAGCUGAAAGCUCUGGAUCUAAGUUCCAAUUAUUUUAGCUCAAUGCAAAUACAAGAACUAAAGAAUUUGACAAGCUUAGAAGUCUUGAGUCUCUCUCAAACUCUUAGUUUUUUGGACGGACCUCGACCUAUACCAAUAGAAGUUUGUAAAAUGAAGAAUCUACGUGAGCUUGAUAUCAGUGGAAACUAUUUUGUUGGCAAGAUUCCUCCUUGUUUAGGUAGCUUGAACAAGCUACGGGUUCUUGAUCUCUCAUCCAACCAAUUAAGUGGAAAUCUACCGUCUAGUUUCAGUAGCCUUGAGUUCCUCGAAUAUCUAUCCUUGCUAGAUAACAACUUCACAGGCUUAUUCUAUCUCAAUCCACUCGCCAACCUCACAAAGCUCAAGGUCUUCAAACUUUCAUCAACAUCUGAUAUGGUAAAACUAGAGACGGAAAGCACAUGGCAUCCAAAAGUUCAAUUGAGUGUCAUUGUACUACGAUUUUGCAAUUUGGAGAAAAUCCCUUCCUUUCUCGUAUACCAGAAGAACCUGCGUCUAGUUGAUCUAUCCAACAACAAAUUAUCUGGAUACAUUCCUACCUGGUUGUUGGCGAAUAACUCAAAACUUGGAGUCUUACAGUUGCAGAAUAAUUCUUUCACAAUCUUUCAGAUGCCUACAAUCAUUGUACAUCAUAAUUUGCAGGUUUUGGAUCUUUCAACAAACCAUGUUAGUGGGAUGUUCCCUGAUAUUAUUGGUCGUGCACUUCCGAAUCUAGUAGAAAUGAAUGGCUCGUAUAAUGGAUUCCAAGGGAAAUUCCCGUCGUCUAUGGGUGAGAUGAAGAACAUUUCAUUGUUGGACUUGUCUUAUAAUAACUUCUCCGGGAAGCUACCUAGAAGCUUUCUCAAGGGUUGUUUUUCACUGAAGUACUUGACGCUCUCUAACAACAAAUUUAGCGGCCCUUUUCUUCCAAGAGAAACAAGCUUCACUUCCUUGUGCAUGUUGAUAAUCGAUAACAACUUAUUCACGGGGAAGAUAGGAGUUGGUUUGCUGAGCUCCAACAGUACAUUGUCAUUCCUUGACAUGUCUAACAAUUUUCUCACAGGUGGUAUUCCAAGCUGGAUAUCUAAGUUAUCUCGUUUGACCUUCUUAUUUUUAUCAAACAAUUUCUUAGAAGGUACAAUACCACAUUCUUUGGUGGAUUUCCCCGUUCUUGGAUCUCUUGACUUAUCUGGAAACAUAUUAUCUGGGGGCUUACCGCCACAUAUGGGAGUGAGGUAUUUGUUCCUCCACAACAAUAACUUCACAGGACCAAUUCCACACACAUUGGUUGAAGGUGUCGUCAAGAUACUUUCUUUACAGAACAAUAAACUCUCUGGGAGUAUCCCUGAAGUUAUUGUCAAUAAUACCAAUGACAUAAGUUUUCUUUUGUUGAGGGGGAACAAUCUAACAGGACAUAUUCCGAGGCAGCUAUGUGAUUUAAGCGAAAUCAGUGUUUUAGAUCUUUCAAAUAACAAGUUGAAUGGUUCCAUACCUUCAUGCCUCUUUAAUUUAACGUUUGGAGAUGAGCCGUUUACCAAUCUCCAUGAGAUCUAUGGGGUAGAUUUUUCUGUUGAGCGCUUUCAGUUAGAAUUCUACAAAUCAACGUUCGUGAUAGAGAAGCUUGAGGUAAAUCCUAUUUCAGAGAUAUCUGAAAAAAUUGGAAUCACUUUUACGAUGAAGCAAAGGUAUGAAUCUUAUAGUUCUGGAGGAGGUUUUGCCAGAACGGGAAUACUUGAUUAUAUUUAUGGGAUGGAUCUGUCGAACAACAAAUUAAGUGGUGUCAUCCCAACAGAGCUUGGAGAUCUCCAAGAAAUAAAAGUCUUGAAUCUAUCUCACAAUUUAUUGUCGAGUUCGAUACCGUCCACCUUCUCCAAACUGAAGAAUAUUGAGAGCCUUGAUCUAUCUUACAACAUGUUACAUGGAAGCAUUCCUUACCAGCUAACCAGCCUUACUUCUCUUAGUGUGUUUGACGUGUCUCACAACAGUUUAUCAGGAAUCAUUCCCCGAGGAAGACAAUUUGACACCUUCAGUGAGAACAGUUACUUACGCAAUCCUCUUCUUUGUGGACCACCGACCAAUAUAAUCUGUGAGCCUAAACGAAACUCAAAGGAAGCUGUGAGCCUAGAAGAAGAAAAUGAUGCUGCUAUUGACAUGUUGGUCUUUUAUUAUAGCAGUGCUUCAGUUUAUGUGGUCGCAUUGAUAUGCAUUGUAUUGCUUAUGUGUUUUGAUUGUUCUUGGCGUCGAGUAUGGCUUCGCAUUGUUGAUGCUUUUAUCGCUUCAGCGAAAAGUUUGUUGUCUUAAAAUCUUUUCAGCUCACAAGGAAAAAAGCUUGGAU